AGGCGCAGGCGCAGGCGCGGGCGUCGGUCCCACGGCGCGUCGCCCUCGCGCCAGCCCCGGCAGAUCCCUUCGAGUCCGGCCCCCGCCGGGAAAUGCCAGCCAAUCACGGCGCGCGCUGCUGACGCCGGCCAAUGGGAGCUCCGGCAGGCGGCGUGCCGACGUCUGCGGCGGGCGGCGGGCGGCGGGCGGCGGGCGACGAUGGCGGCCCGGCGCGGGGCGCUUAUCGUGCUGGAGGGCAUGGACCGCGCGGGGAAGAGCACGCAGAGCCGCAGGCUGGUGGACGCGCUGUGCGCCCUGGGCCACCGCGCCGAGCUGCUCCGCUUCCCGGAAAGAUCAACUGAAAUUGGCAAACUUCUGAGUUCCUACUUGGAAAAGAAAAGUGACCUGGAGGAUCACUCGGUGCACCUGCUUUUUUCUGCAAACCGCUGGGAACAAGUGCCGUUAAUUAAGGAAAAGUUGAGCCAGGGUGUGACCCUCGUCAUGGACAGAUACGCAUUUUCUGGUGUGGCCUUCUCAGGUGCCAAGGAGAAUUUUUCCCUAGAUUGGUGUAAGCAGCCAGACGUGGGCCUUCCCAAACCCGACCUGGUCCUGUUCCUCCAGUUACAGCUGGCGGAUGCCGCCAAGCGGAGCGCGUUUGGCCAUGAGCGCUAUGAGAAUGGGGCUUUCCAGGAGCGUGCGCUGCAGUGUUUCCACCAGCUCAUGAGAGACACGACCGUGAACUGGAAGGUGGUGGAUGCUUCCAAAAGCAUUGAAGCUGUCCAUGAGGACAUCCUUGUGCUCUCUGAGGACGCCAUCCGCACGGCCACAGAGAAGCCACUGGGGGAGCUGUGGAAGUGACCCCAGGCUGCCCGCUGGACGCCUCGCCCUGCAGUCUCACGAGGUGGGAGACCUGUGGAAGGCCUGUGUCCCCAGCGCUGCCCACACUCCACUUCAGCUAUUUCCUCGCAGCAGAGAUACGCAGGCUGCCUCUCCUGCCCCGGAGUUGGGGUGCACCAGGGACCCCUGUGGUGGGGACCUCGGCGGUGUAGACGCGAGCAGAGUGAUGGAGCGGUCUCCUGCCCUCCUCCUUGUCCUGAGGAUACUCUUGUAUUUUCUUACUGAUGUUCACUGGUAACUCUGCGCAGUUCCAUUUCGAUCACUGUAAAUGGUAAUCAGUUGGAAUUACCUCUGAAAUGUCUUCCAGACUCUAGUAAAAAUUGGCCUGAAAAUUG